GCACUUUGCCUAAUACCUACCCUGUUCACGAACAGGCUUCCACUCCUUUCUGGACUAUAAACCCUACGGCCACGAGGACUCUUACCUGUGCCCUACUUAUCAGCAAUCUGAGCUACCUUAUUUCCAUGGGGAUUUAUGUGUGAGCCACGUUUCUGACUCUCCGGAACCAGCCCGCCCCCCCACGAGUCUGACACUGACAUACCAGUUAUGUUUAGACAGCACGACAGUUUCACUUGUUUAAUAUCGGCAGGAGACUACCUUGACUCCCCUACUUUUCUAGAGGCGCCGGAACUUGCUCGCCAGCCCUCCGACAUCAGCUCCCGAGGUCCUCUUACACCAUCUUCAUACGGCUCGUCGCCUGGUAUGUCAUACUCUUACACGCACAACAUGAGCCACUCUCCUGCGGGCGAUUAUGGCGACAGCUACGACGAUAGCUAUGGAGGAUACUAUGCGGACGAGUACGCCAGUGCUGCAUCUUCAUCGGCACAACAAGCGUCUGAACCGUACUAUGGAAACGUAGACUGGUCGCAGUAUGACUACGUUCCCACCGAAGACGGAGGCUACUGGCAGAUGAAACCACGAUACGUUCCUGCAGGGCAGUAUCCAACAGUGAUACCACAUCAAGGGGGUCAAGAGCAGCAAGAAGUCGUGGACUACAAAUUCCCCUGCCUCGAGGCGGGAUGUACAGCAAACCCGUUCAAGCGCAAGGCCGACCUCGAGAGACACUAUAGACAAGUCCACCAAGACCCGUCAAAGAAGGAAGCUCACAAGUGCGAUUAUCCCAAGUGCUCGCGAAGGAGUGAACCGUUCGGACGACGGGACCACUUCAGAGAUCACCUGCGAGACUAUCACAACGAAGACAUUUUCAAGCGGGGCACCCACGUGGACGACAGCUGGCUCCAAGGACGCAAUCUUUCGUCGCGAUGGUGGCGGUGCUCAAAGUGCUUGAUCAGAGUCGAUGUCAAUUCGUAUCCGGACCACGUUUGCCCCAAGUGCAAGAAUCCGUGUGAAGACAAACGCAAGCGUGCGCGAGGUUGGCAUUGAGGGUCAUCGUUGGCACUGCCCCAUCGUCGAAGGCGGAUCACCAUUGGGCCACAGGCAAAGCUGAUGCCUAGAGGUGAAGACGCACUUGCAAGAGCUUGGAAAACGACGCCCCGGUGGCUUUUCCCCACAGGAAGACGGCGGUAAA